CUUUCUCUCCCUCUCCCCCUCUCUCCCUCUCUCUGUGUGUCAGUGUGAUUCUGUAGUGGAAAUGUGGAAGAUCUUUCUCUCUCUCUGUCUGUUUUUCCAGCCUGAUUCAGCAGAGGAAGUGAUGCUGCUGGACACAAGUGAGUCCACCACCGAGCUGGGCUGGACCACCUAUCCAGACACAGGGUGGGAUGAGGUCAGUGUCCUGGAUGACCGAGGGAAGCUCAUACGGACCUUUGAGGUCUGCAAUGUCAACCAGAAUCCCCGCUUGCAGGACAACUGGUUGGCUACACCUUUCCUGUACCGACACUCAGCUCCACGGGUGUUUGUCACGUUGCGCUUCUCGGUGCGCGACUGUGGCAGCCUGCGAUCACCAUCACCCACCUGCCGGGAGACGCUCACCCUCUACUUCAAACAGGCCGACUCCCAGAGAGAGCUGGAGAGGACACUGGUCGCUGAGCCGUCCAGCAAAGAGAAGGAAACCAGGGAGGGCUGGGUGAAAAUCGACACCAUUGCAGCCGACAAAAGUUUCUCAAAAGUGGAGCCCAGUUCCCCUCACCAGUACCAACCAAACAGAUACAGCCGCAUCAACAUUAAGACACUCAGCUUCGCCCCACUCAUUCGCAAUGGGUUUGUCUUGGCUGUCGUCGACAGUGGGGCUUGUGUUUCCCUCAUGGGUGUGUCCAUCUUCUACCGCCGCUGUCCAGCCACCAGUCUCUACUUGGCGUCCUACCCUGCGACUCCCUCUGGGGCUGAGCCCACAGCUUUGGUGGCUGUGACAGGGACGUGUGUCCCCCACAGUAAAGCGCAGGGAGGGACGCCCCCUCGCAUGCACUGCAAUGCUGAAGGAGAAUGGAUGGUGCCUGUUGGAGGAUGUGUCUGUGAUGAAGGCUAUGAGCAAAACCUGAAUGGAUCCGCCUGCCUGGCCUGUCCUGUGGGCUACUUCAAGACCAUUAUGGGCUCGGCUCCAUGCUUGAUGUGUCCCUCCAACAGCAGAACCAGCCAGAAGGGAUCGAGCGUGUGUGAAUGUCGCAGUGGCUUUUAUCGAGCUGCCAAUGAUGCCAACUCCUCUGCCUGCACAACUCCUCCAUCUGCUCCAGUCUCUCUGUCCUGGGAGUACGAGAGUGACGAUGGCGGAGUGUCCAUAAGGUGGCGCCCUCCGUUGGACAUGGGAGGCCGCAACGAAGUGUGGUACGGGUUGGUUUGCCGCAUCUGCCCCUCACCCACCUUCACCAACCCAGCGUCAUGCUCCUGGUGUGGGGAGGGCGUCACUUUCAGUCCCUCACAGACCAACCUGAAACAAACCAAGGUCACGCUAAACAACCUACUGACCCGAGUCACUUAUCUCAUACAGGUGCAAGCCAUGAAUGAGGUGUCAGCUUUGAGUCCUUUUUCACCUCGAUACACAAGCAUCAAUUUCACUACAAGCCAGUCAGUUCCAAGUUCAGUUCCCAUGAUGCACCAGCUGAGCCGAGCCCCAGACUCCAUCACUCUAUCGUGGCCUCAGCCAGAUCGACCGAAUGGAGACAUCAUGCAGUACCAACUCAGAUACUAUGACAAGGGUUCAGAUGUGGACAGUGCAGUGAGCGUGUACACUGAGACCAACACUGUCACCAUCAACUCUCUGAUUCCCGGCUCCAUCUACGGCUUCCAGAUCAGAGCCCGAAAUGAGCGAGGCUACGGCCCCUACAGCAACACCAUCUACUUCACCACUCUGCCUCUGGAGGAACAUUCUCACCAGAUCCAGAAUCGGCUCCCUCUGCUGGUUGGGUCAGUCAUGGGUGGGGCAGCAUUUCUUCUUGUUGUGGCAGCCAUUGUGGUUGUGGUGGUAUUUCGUAGUAAAAGGAGAGAGAGCCCGUACAGUGACAGACUGCAGAGAUACAUCAGUAACCGAGGAGGAGUAAAGUAUUACGUGGACCCAUCCACUUAUGAAGACCCCAGUGAGGCUGUCAAAGAGUUUGCCCGUGAGAUUGAUCCCAACCACCUCAAGAUUGAGGAGGUGAUAGGUUCAGCUCAGUUUGGGGAGGUUUCUCGAGGCCGUUACCGUCCACUGGGUCGCAGGGAGGUGCUGGUAGCAGUGAAGACUCUUCGCUGGGGGGCAUCUGACAGGGAGAGGGGGUUGUUCCUCAGUGAAGCGGGCGUCCUCGGACAGUUUGACCACCCCAAUGUGCUGAAGCUUGAGGGCGUGGUCACUCACAGCCCGCCGGAGAGGAUCAUAACUGAGUUUAUGGAGAACGGGCCCCUGGACGCGUUCCUGAGGGAGAAUGAGGGUCAGUUCAGCAUCCUCCAGCUGGUCGGGAUGCUCAGAGGCGUCGGUGCAGGGAUGUGUUACCUCUCUGAAAGGAACUUUGUUCAUCGAGACAUGGCAGCCAGAAACAUCUUGGUGAACUCAAACCUGGUCUGUAAAGUGUCUGACUUUGGCCUGUCCCGACUCAUGAGGGGCCUGGACCACAACAUACCGACAUACACUGCUUCACUGGGCACUAAGGUUCCUGUGAGGUGGACGGCACCAGAGGCUUUUCAGCAUCGCAAGUUCAGCUCGGCUAGCGAUGUCUGGAGCUUCGGGAUACUUAUGUGGGAAGUGAUGUCAUAUGGAGAGCGCCCGUACUGGGAUAUGAGCAAUCAAGAAGUGAUGAAGGCAGUGGCGGACCAGUUUCGUCUCCCCGCUCCUCAUAGCUGCCCCCCUGCCCUCCACUCCCUGAUGCUUCAGUGCUGGCAGGCAGAUCGAGGGGACCGUCCAAGCUUCAACACCCUCCUGUCCUCCUUGGAUCGACUCAUCAGGCACCCUGCCUCCCUGAAAGUGGAGCCAACCCGAAGCUGUUCUCAGACGUUGCUCAGCCCCACCCCCACAGACUUAACAGCCGUGGCGACAGUCAGUGAUUGGCUGAAGGCGUUGAGAAUGGAGAGAUAUCAGGACGAGUUUGAUCGGGCACACCUGGACACUUUAGACAGAGUCAGCAAGCUCACGAUGGAUGAUGUCCAGCAUCUCGGGGUGAACCUGCUGGGACACCAGAGGAAGAUCGUCAGUGCGGCCCAGCAGCUCAGGGCCUAUCUGACACAGGGGCAGGUGGAGGUGUGAAGUCCGACCACAGAACAGUCUGUGCCAUGGACAAUCCUCUGCUUCUUGUGUCUGGUUUCUGCGAUGUGUUCAAAUUUUAAGCCCAAACGAAAUCAAAAACUCUUUCUUCUGCGGCUGAAUAUUCUGAUUAACCUGACACUACAACCAGAGGGGGUGAUAAAGAGGAUCAGGCUUUUCCUGCCUGUCACUUAAGACAAAUAAAAGAAGAGAAAUGCACUAUAGCGGCUGGAGUCCGGGUCAAAGUGAGAUCAGGGAGUUGUUAUGGAGAACAAGGAUUUUAAAGGUUCCUCAAAUGUUUUUCACUAAAGAUUUCACAUUGCUGUUGUCUGCCUUCCCUCCUCACCCAUCUGCAGUCCUACCUCUCACCUUCUCCAACUGCCCCUCCCUCAAACCUCCCGAUUUACCCAACCCUUAUUGAAUAAGGUGUAAAUCUAUAUUUUGUCAAAAAACUUAUGGAGAUUUCUCCUCACAAAGAAUUGCGUGAAGACAAUCAAAGCCUUUUUCUAUACUUUUUAAGCUGUUUGUAAAGUGUUAUUAUGUCCAGUCUAACUUAAAAAGCCAAAUGCUCAAAGCAGAAAACAGUGUACUACCUAACAGCCUAUGGUCCGCCUCAGAAGGUUAAUAAGCCCCCUGUUCAAAAUCAGCACCUCAAACCCUGAGGUUUGUAAAUACGAAUCACUGCCAUGAAAUGUGGGAAACAAAAUCUUCCACAAAUAAUUGUUUUCCUCCAUUUCAAAGGACAUAUCCACGCUUUGAGAGCAGCCCUGUUUGUAUGACUCUUUCUCACUGUUGGGCCUCUCAUAUUCUGUCAAACGCUAAAAAACACCACCUCAGAGCUGCAAACACUGAGUCCAUCUGUGAUGAGGACAGAACUGAACAGCGCUCACCUACACGUGUACAUUUCACACUUCACGUCUUUUUCUUUAAUGGAUAGAGUUAAGACACUUAGUCAUUGAAGCGUUGUGAUUGUGUGAAAUGGGAAAGUUGAACAAAACCUUAACUGAUUUACACUUAAGAGGGAGGAGGUGAAAUGCUUUGUAAGUGCGUACCUGUGUGCCUGUCACCUGUACGUGCUGUAUAUGAGGCUGUGUGUGUGUGUGUGUGUGUGUGUGUGUGUGUGCAUGUGCGUGUGCUUGUUUGUAUGUGUGUGUGUGUGUGUGUCAGGCUACACACAUUAUUAGGUGCGCGUGCUCACUAUUCCAAAAUUGUGAAAAAUUGUAAAUUAAAUGAUAUGAUUUUAUUUAAAAACA